AGUUUCAGUCUGUUGAUAGGUUUCAUAGGUUCAGACGUCAGUGUGAUUGGUGUGAUUCCUACUUUCUAGAUUAGUGCCUGCAUAAUAGAGAGUUUGAACAAUGGCACCAAAUUCUGUAGAUGCAAAUGGAGUGUUAUUUGAAACGGAUGCAGCUACUCCAGAUAUGGCUCUCCCUACAGUUCCGAUACAGCAAGCAGAUAAUUAUCCAAGGAAGUUAGUUUGGAGAAAUAUCAUAGCCUUUACAUAUUUACACAUUGCAGCAUUGUACGGAGGAUAUCUUUUUCUUUUCUCUGCUAAAUGGCAAACAGACAUAUUUGCUUACGUAUUAUAUGUGAUGUCUGGGCUUGGUAUUACCGCAGGAGCUCACAGGCUCUGGGCUCAUAAAUCUUACAAGGCGAAGUGGCCAUUGAGGCUCAUUCUGGUAUUUUUCAACACGCUAGCUUUUCAGGAUUCAGCGAUUGAUUGGGCCCGCGACCAUCGUAUGCACCACAAAUACUCGGAGACAGACGCUGACCCUCACAACGCUACAAGAGGCUUCUUUUUCUCUCAUAUCGGCUGGCUUCUUGUGAGGAAGCAUCCGGAACUCAAGAAGAAGGGCAAGGGGCUCGAUUUGAGUGACCUGUAUGCAGAUCCGAUACUGAGGUUUCAGAAAAAAUAUUACAUGAUCUUGAUGCCGAUCACGUGUUUCGUGUUGCCGACCUUAAUACCGAUGUACUUCUGGGGCGAGUCCUUCGUAAACGCUUACUUCGUUGCCGCUAUGUUCCGAUACGCCUUCAUACUCAACGUCACAUGGCUAGUUAACUCGGCUGCCCACAAGUGGGGAGACAAACCGUACGACAAAAACAUUCAGCCCUCCGAAAAUAUUUCAGUAUCCAUCUUUGCACUCGGUGAAGGCUUCCAUAACUACCACCACACCUUCCCGUGGGAUUACAAAACAGCUGAGCUGGGUAACAAUAGGCUCAAUUUUACAACAACGUUCAUCAAUUUCUUCGCUAAGAUCGGAUGGGCCUAUGACCUCAAAACAGUUUCGGAUGAAAUCGUUAAGAACAGGGUGAACCGUACCGGUGAUGGUACGCACCACUUGUGGGGUUGGGGCGACAAGGAUCAUUCCAAGGAGGAAAUGCAGGCAGCCAUCAGAAUCAACCCUAAAGAUGAUAAGGAUGAUUAAUUACAAAGCCUCCAUAGAUAACGUACUAAAAUAUAUUAGUAUAUCCAAAUAUAAUUAUAUAUACUGAGUUUAAACUUUAUUGUGAUAAUAAUUAUUUAUAUCCAUAAGUAUCCAUUUUGCUAACUUUUAUUAGACCCACUAUUUUCAUUGUCGACGAAUAGCGUUGAUUAUAGCGACUAGCCAGUGAAAACGCGCAGAAAUUUAAAACACAAAACGUACAUUUGUUAGUAUGUGUUUUAAAAAUAUUUAUCGAAUAUAAUGAAACUUGCGAAUAUGCUUCGAAUAAAACUAUUAUCGAAUAGAAAGUUGUGAAACUUAUCAUAGUGAAUAUUAAUGUAGAUUUAUUAGAUAUUAUAUUUAAGUAGCACUAACUGCUAAGCAACACAUUUCUUUAAAUAGAAUUUAUUUUUAAAUUACACGGAGCACAGCUGCGGUAAUUUCAUAUGGAUGGUAUUGUAUGAUAUGAAUGGUUACACAUUUAUAAAAUAAUUGAAGAGUUGGCCAACAAAACGGGACAAAUCCAGUUUUAUUCAUAAUAUAUUUUUUUUAUCUUUUUAGGAUAUAUUUGAUUCGUAUAAAUUCAGAAACAACAUCCACAAAAAAGGAUGCUACUACUGAGUAACAACCUUCUUUUUGUUUUAGUAUUUUCUUGUGAAAAUAUCUCAUUUUGUUUGUCAUCUCUUCAAAUAUAAGUGUAUGGUGUGGUAAUGGUAGGAAACACAUCAGUAUUAUACGCCACAUAAGUAGAUAACAUAAGCAGAUGUAUGCCCUAGUCGAUCGCAUUUGUAGCGCAUUAUCUGUUUAUUUGUUGUUUGAUUAUAUAAACUCAGUAAUUUAUGAUAUAACAUUUCCAUAUUUAAUAUUUUAGUUUUAUUGAUUGUAGGCAACGGAUAUGUGGUAUGUAAUAAUUAUGUAGCAUAGGCAUUGUACUGAUACAUAUUUUCAAGAAUAUCUAAAACGUUGUACGAUCAUAUUACGAUGCCUAUGUUUUUUGACUGAUGUGUAAAGAGAUUGUGAUAUUUAGAAGGGUAAACAUAGUAAAACUAUAUCAUCAAAACAUUGUCAAACAAUAUUUAUUUUUCAUUUACGCAGAAGCACAAAUUUAGUAAAAAUAUAUUUAAAAAAUUACGUAAGUGUAUAAUGUAUCUGUCAUUCAAAUUUCUUACUCAAUGUAAGCUUACUUCACACGGUAUUUUGAAAAGUAACAAAUGUGUAAUUAGACGAUUAAAACAAAGAACUUCAAUAUUGACACGGUUUGCACACCGAGUGAAGCAAGUCUAGUGAAGUAGUUUUAAUAUUAAAUGUUUAUGUUUGACCUAAGUAACUGAAACCUUAUUAUUGUUCUAAAUUAUAACGGUGAAAAAUAA